AUGGAAAAGACGUCUCGGAGCUCUUCUAAGGAGUCCAGCGGGAGAAGCAGAGGGAAGGCAGCUCCAGGCGUGAAGAAAGAGCGGGCAGAACAUAACCGGAAAGCCAGCAAAGAGAGGCAGGAGACCGGCAAGAGGAAAAGGAAGAAGGAGACCAAAAGCAGCCUUGAGGCAGACAACCGAGUCCACACCUCCACAGUGGUGGAUGUGGAUGAUGUGGUGUCCUUUGACGAAGAAAUGGAGGUGAUGGCCCUCCUUGAAAGUGAGAAACUGGAGGAAGAUACGAAGUCUGUAGGCCUGGGCGUCUGUGAGUGGGUUCUCGUCCUCCUCUCAGUCCUUGCCAUCCUCAUCACAUUUCCCAUUUCCAUCUGGUUUUGCAUGAAGAUCGUGAGGGAGUACGAGCGUGCCGUUUUGUUUCGCUUUGGACGCAUUCUUCGCGGAAGGCCCAGAGGGCCUGGUUUGUUCUUUUUCCUUCCCUGCCUGGAUACCUACCACAAAAUAGAUCUCCGCCUCAAAACCUUAGAGAUUCCUUUCUAUGAGGUCAUAACCAAAGACAUGGCAAGUCUAGAAGUAGAUACCGUCUGCUACUACCGAAUGGAAAAUGCCACGCUUCUCAUAACGACCCUUGCCAACCUCUCAAGCGCAGUCCAGCUACUGGUGCAGACUAUCGCAAAGCGUUCACUGGCGCAUCGAUCCCUCACAGAGAUCCUCAUGGAAAGGAAGACCAUUGGCCAGGAAAUAAAGGUGGCUGUAGAUGCUGUUACCUGCCAAUGGGGGAUCAAGGUGGAGCGGACAGAAAUAAAAGAUGUACGACUGCCAGUUGAGCUGCAGGAGUCCCUGGCUGUACAAGCAGAAGCCCAGCGCCAGGUCAAAGUAAAGGUGAUAACUGCCGAAGGAGAAAGGGCUGCUUCCGAAUCCCUGAAGCGGGCUGCUGAGAUCCUGUCCAACACCCCGGCCGCCAUCCAGCUUCGUUACCUGCAGACUUUACAAGCCUUGUCUGCGGACAGACCGCCCACCCUUGUUUUACCUUUGCCCUUUGAUCUCAUGAACCUUUCAGCCGGGGCCAGCCAGAAACCCAGCAGCUGUAACCUGCCUGCAGAUACCCCCAUCCACCCAGAAGUUCCCAAGGACCAAAAGGACUCCCCCAUGCUAUAG